AUGAUGAAGUCGAUCUCGAUGUCUCGAUGUCUCGAUGUCCAUGUCAAUAUUGAGAUAUCGAUCGUAUCGAAAAUGGCUGAAAAGGAGCCUCUUCCGCACCCAACGUUUGGGGACGGCAAACAUGAACUCGCCGAUUCGUUCGAGCUACGGGCGAUAACCAUCUCCGACACAAGUGGAGUCGAUGGGGCCAAGCGAACGGUUGGAAACCCCUGGGCGCGGAACUUCUUUCUCGGCCCUUCCAAUUUCGAAUCACCCCUCCCCAGACUGUCCACCAUGCCGGGCUAUGCUGAGUGUACGGCGGUCAGCCCAGAGUGCCCUGUCUCCGCCACGACAUACGGAUACACGCCUAACUUCGGUGGCAAUGUCUUUUUCACCGUCUUCUUUGGGGUACUCGGUCUGUGCCAGAUCGGUCUCGGGUUCUAUUUCCGAACAUGGACCUUCAUGGUCGCCUUGGGCAUCGGUACUGUGAUGGAAAUGGCAGGAUACAUUGGUCGCGUCUUGAUGUCCAACAACCCGUGGAAUGAAGGCGCCUUUAAGUUGCAAAUUGUGUGUCUGGUGCUGGCACCCACCUUUGUGGCCGCAGGCGUCUAUCUGACCCUCAAACACAUCGUCUUGUAUCUGGGACCCGAACAUUCGAGAUUGAAGCCGCGCUUGUUCACCUGGAUCUUCAUCAGCUGUGAUGUCGGAUCUCUGGUCCUCCAAGCGGCCGGCGGCGGUGUCGCAGCGGCUGCAGGUUCGACCAACCAGUUCUUGCUGAAGGUAGGCGACGAUAUCAUCAUCGCCGGUAUUGCUUUCCAGGUGGCUACCAUGGCGGUUUGCGGGUUGUUCGCUUUGGACUUCUUCAUCCGUGUCGCACGUCGUGGGAAUGGACUCGAAGGCGAAAAGAAUCUAGACGAUGCCACGCCGGCAAUUUCCCCAAUGAGGAUGAAGUUGAUCAUCGGUGCUGAAAUCUUCGCUUACCUCACAGUCAUUAUCCGUUGUAUCUAUCGUAUUCCCGAGAUGGCUGGCGGCUGGGGCAGUGCGUUGAUGCAAAAGGAGAAUGAGUUCCUGCUUCUCGAUGGAAUGAUGAUUGCCUUGGCUUGUCUCACUUUUACAAUCUUCCAUCCGGGGCUUUUCCUUCCUUCAAUCCGCACCGGAUACAAGAAUCGCAAAUAG